CCCACGACCCGGCCACCACACAGGCUGAGCCCAGGCCAACAUGGACACCUCCACGGGCUAUUUAGCGGUUGCCGCCGCCGACGAGGCUACCCGACGGCCAUGGAGACGGAGGCGGGCGGACGCGGACCUGGUUCCGGCAGGAAGAAGAGGAAGCGUGCGCUGCUCGAGGCGGCGGCAGGGGGCAGAGCCGCCGGCAACCAAGGGCCGCAGCCCGGAGCGGGAGAAGACGAAGACGAAGGGGCCGCCGAGGACCGCAUCAGCCAGAUCCCCGACGCAGUCCUGGGCGAGAUCGUCUCCCUCCUCCCCACCAAGGACGGCGCCCGCACCCAGGUCCUCGCGUCCCGGUGGCGCCACCUCUGGCGCUCCGCCCCUCUCAACCUCGACUGCGGCGGCCUCCUCCCAAUCCUAACCCACCACUCCGAUCUCGAUCGCCUCGUCUCGCGCAUCCUCGCCGCCCACACGGGCCCGGGGCGCCGCCUCUGCGCGCCCUGGAGGAACGGCCGCAAGGCCGGCAAGCUGGAAUCCUGGCUCCGGUCGCCCGCCCUCGACAACCUUGAGGAGCUCGAGUUCAACAACCCAACAGGAUCCUCUCGCGCUUGCCGGCGUCCGCCUCCCGGUUCGCCGCCACGCUCCGCCUUGUCAGGAUCGAACUAUGCCACCCCCCCGGUGACGCCGUCCAAUCGCUUCAUUUUCCCCAGCUCAAGCACCUCGCACUCGUCAAGGCCGUCAUCUCGGAGGGCGCACUGGGCAGCCUCAUUGCCGGGUGCCCCGCCCUGGAGUGCUUGCUGCUUCGGUACAUCUCCGGACUCCGUCGCGCCUGGAUCAGCUCCCCUCGGAUCAGAAGCAUCGGCGUUAUCGCUCUAGUUGGUUGGAACUCCAUGGGCAUGCCCAACUUGGAUGAAGUCGUAAUCGAGAAUUGAAAGGCUGCUCCAUUUCAAUCUACGCGAUGACCUGCGAGUAUCGGUGAUCGACGCGCCUAAUCUGGAGACCUUCUGCAUCGUUCAGAACGAUCGUUUCAGCUUCGACAGGAUUGUCGAGCAUGUAGGUGCUGAUAGCCCGACGACGUCAAGAUCUUGGCUUUUAGAGUGCGCUUUUUUAGUUUGGAUAUGAUUGUCGACUUCAUGAGACUCUUUCCCUGCCUGGAGAAGCUGUACAUACAGAAUGAGGUGACAAUGCAAUCUUCAUUGACAAUUCAUAUUGUCCAGCAUUGCCUUUGAUAUACUUGGGUUGUUCUAACUUUUGAACUUGUUAAUUGUUUCUGAGUAUAAUGCUCUUUUCCGGUCAAUGCCAAGGAAGAAAGGGCCGAAGAAUUACUGGCGUCGCAAACAUCACAUUGCCUUGAUACUCAUCUCAAGACAAUAGUACUGGAAUCCUAUCGGGGGGUUCUGCCGGAAGUUAACUUCGCCGCAUUCUUCGUACUGAACGCGAGAGUGCUAGAGUCGAUGACGUUUCAGGUGAAAACCAUCGACGAGGAGUUCAUCGCGAAACAGCGGAGGUUGCUUCAGGUAGAGAACAGGGCAUCAAGGGGUGCUGAAUUUCACUUCACGGACGAUAGAUGUCUUCGGGAUAUUUGGGAUAUCCGCCACGUUCGUGAUUUGGAUCUGACAGAUCCCUUUGUGCGUUGAGCCGUCGAUGCCGCGACUGGAUUCAGUGUGCUCAAGAGGUGUCCAUGUCUUUCUCAUUUUGUGUUAUCGUGGACCUUUUAUGACAAUUAUUAUAAGUACAUGUUAUGUGUGAUGUACUGCUGCCCGCUUUGUGACACAAUAUGUGUGCUUGUCAUCGCACUGAAGAUUUUAACUGACUUAUGGUGCUAUUUUUCUGUA